CUACAGAAGCUGAAAAGCAAGUCAACCGUCUACCCUCUCUGCCCCAUUUGUUUCGUUCGCUAAGGCGACGAACAAAACUCUCAGAAGCGAAGGCCUUUCUUUCUCACCUUUUUUCUACCCUCCCUGCCCAUUUGUUUCGUUCGCUAAGGCGACGAACGAAACUCUCAGAAGCAAAGGCCUUUCUUUCUCACUUUUUUGACAGCUUCUCAUCUUUCAUCCAUCAAAAAAGAAACCAAGAGGAGAACCAAAGCAAAAACAAGUAGCACCAAAGUCCAUUUGGAGUCGGUUUCUCUCUGAGUUUUAAGUUUCCAAUUUUAUCUAAAUUUGAGAAUUUUGGUGAGAGCUUUGAGAGGUUCUGUUCUGGAUGGGGGCUUGCUGGAGCCUUGGCAUUGAGGCCGUGACUCCUUCUUAUACAGGGUUUAAUUCCAAAAAUGUGAGCAGAGAUAGGAAUGACAUGAGUAGUUCCAGUGGCAAGUUCUCAUCUGCUGCCAUGCCCAUGACUCCUAGGAGUGAGGGUGAGGUUUUUCAGGCCUGCAACUUGAAGAAUUUCGUCUUCAGGGAACUCAAAAUGGCAACAAAAAACUUCCGCCCUGAUAGUGUGUUAGGAGAGGGUGGGUUUGGUUCAGUCUUUAAGGGGUGGAUUGAUGAAAACACGCUUAAAGCUACCAAGCCCGGAACGGGCAUAAUGAUUGCAGUGAAGAGGCUCAACCAACAAGGACUCCAGGGUCACAACGAAUGGUUGGCAGAAAUCAACUAUCUUGGACAGCUGCAUCACCCAAAUCUUGUGAAGUUGAUUGGUUACUGCAUAGAGGAUGAGCACCGGCUUCUGAUAUACGAGUUCAUGCCUAAGGGAAGCAUGGAAAGUCAUCUCUUUGGAAGGGCUUCUCAUUUCCAGCCACUUUCUUGGCACGUCCGAAUGAAAGUUGCUCUUGGUGCUGCAAAGGGGCUUGCUUUUCUUCACAACAUUGAAUCAAAAGUUAUAUAUCGUGAUUUUAAGACCUCCAACAUCCUGCUUGAUUCGGUUUGUCGUUUGGAAGACUACAAUGCAAAACUCUCUGAUUUUGGGCUGGCCAGGGAUGGACCAAUUGGAAAUAAGAGCCAUGUAUCUUCUAGAGUUUUGGGAACCCAUGGAUAUGCUGCUCCAGAGUAUCUAGCCACAGGUCAUCUGACUUUCAAAACUGAUGUAUAUAGCUUUGGAGUUGUACUUCUAGAAAUGUUAUCCGGUCAGCGAUCUAUAGACAAGAACCGGCCAUCUGGACAACAUAACCUGGUGGAGUGGGCAAAACCUUACUUAGCCAGUAAACGUAAGAUUUUUCGUGUUCUGGAUAACCGUCUUGAAGGUCAGUACUCGCCAGACCAGGCCCAAAAGGCGGCUAACCUUGCACUCCAAUGCCUUGCUAUGGAACCCAGGAACAGGCCCAUCAUGAAUGAUGUGGUAAAGGCGUUGGAGGAGCUUCAGGUGCCACCAAGUUGUUAGCACAAAGAGCACCAUGUAAACGUUCAUAGCCAUUCCAAUAUUGGCAUGCCUGGGUGGAAGCUUCUAAAUUCACCAUGAACCCGAGGCCUUCUGCUUAUGUGGUUUAUGCCUGAGGGAGGAUGUAUUAGGAUGUAGAUAUUAUUUUCUCUGUUUGAAAAGAGUCUUGGCCGAGUUAGAACAGACUUUCAGGUGUUCAGGCCUGCAAUAUACCUGUGUUUAUUUAAGCAGUAUACAGCUUUUGCUUUUUUCCAAUGUAAGUACUAAGAUUAGUCUAGACUUGACAUUUUUUUUCUAAUAUGUGUAUGUUUUUAUGGUACUGAA